AUGUUUCAUUCCUUCAUUAUCACCAUUUGUGUUUUCAUUUCCAGUCUCCUCCAUGCUGUGUGGAGAACACUAGUGUCUGAGCCAGCAGGUUUGGCAGUGCGAGACCCUUCUUUUAGGGAGUUCAUGGAUGAGUUGAACCCCAGACAACUAGCUGUCAAGCAGCUAAAGCAAAAGUUCUUGGAGGCCCUGCGGGCCAAUGAUACCCAAGAGGUCCUGCAAAUCCUGCACACCGGCAAACUAGACAUUGACACGGUGCUGGAGGUGGAGGACCCCAGCAUGGUCCUAGCCUCGUACAAACAAGGUUAUUGGCUACCAGGCUACAAACUGGAUAACUCCUGGGCAAUGGGUAUUCAUGUGUGUGUGAUGUAUAACGCUGUAGAAACAGCACUAGCGCUCCUUCAGAAAGGUGCAGCCGUUAACCUGAUGCCCAAUGGGAAGACCCCGCUUCAUGUGGCCUGCGAGGUCUCCAAUGGCGACUUUGUGGCCUUGCUUUUGGCUCACGGGGCAAAAGUCAACAGCCUGUCGCUGAGUGGGCACACACCACUGCACUACUGCAUCACCGGGGAGUCUGUGGACUGUGCCAAGCAGCUCAUCUUGAAAGGUGCAAAAGUCAACAUGCCGAGCCACAACAAUGAUGAGGACACACCGUUACACAAAGCAGCCCGAUUCGGCGUUCCAGAACUGGUGGCUCUAUAUCUGGCCCACGGAGUUUCUGUGGAUGUGGUCAACUCUUUUCAGGAGACACCUCUGAUGACUGCAGCCUUCUGGGCUUUUGAUUUUAAGGAGCAAAUCUACAGUGAAGGUCACCAUUUUGUCUGUCGUCUCCUGCUGGACCACCGAGCAGACCCCAACCUCCAAGAGGAAGACCAUAAAACAGCUCUCCAUAAAGCGGCCUGGAAUUGUGAUCACAUCCUAAUGCAGAUGCUGCUGGAGGCCGGAGCAGAUACAAGAGCCAUGGACAUCAAUGGCUGUGCCCCCAUUCAGUAUCUCCUCAAAGUGACCAAUGUCAGACCUAUGGCCAUACCUGAGCUCUGCUAUCAGCUGCUGCUCAACUAUAAUGCAGCGCGGAUCUACCCACCACAGUUCCACAAGGUGCUGCAGUCCUGCCAUGACUUUCCCAGAGUAGUAGAAAUCACGAUAAACUCUUAUGAACGUUUAAAGCCCACAAAGAAGUGGAGAAGUGCCAUUCCUGACGACAGCUACAAGCGACAUAAAGACUUCUACGACUCUCUCUUUGCUGUUUGCACCGACACUCCUCGCAGCCUGCUUCACCUGACAAGAUGUGCCAUCAGAGCCAGCCUGGGUGGCUUCUGCCACAAAGGUGUACCACAGCUGCCUCUGCCAUCUCCCCUGAAGAAAUAUUUACUACUGGAACCUGAGGGGAUACUGUACUGAUGGAGAGACUUUUUUCGGAGACUUCAACUUCCGCAUGGGAAGCUCUAAUAGGUAGCCUGUCACCUGACGAUUUGAAUAGAAACGUUCAUUCCUGGAGGCUUUUGACUCGAACAUAAGAAAUUCCUGUUUAGUGUUUGACGGUGCAGAAGAAACUACAAACAAGCUGUGUCUGCCAGUCAGACAUCAGAUGAAUUACAAUAAAACUGGUUUAUUUAGGUGGUUUGAGGUUGGACAUGACAGAAGACGCCAUCCAAUUUACCACAAAUCAUUAAUCAACUGACUGUUCAACCGUAAAUAUAUAGGAGUUUGAGCGACAGGUGAGAAAAUGGCAAUUAAAUGAUGAAAAUUGCUGUGCUAAUUUUAAUAAUAAUCUAUAGUGAUUGAUAAGUAAGGAUAUUUGCUAGCCGUCGCAUUCAAAACGAGUUUUUCUGUCUUCUUUGUAUUGAUUAUAUCUUUCACCUUCUCCAAAGACCUCAUUUGCCUCUUUUAAAGUGAAAGCGUCACAUCUUUUGCACUAAUUUUCCACCUGAGCUGUAUU